UGGCCUUGCAUCUGUCUGUCCGUCUGUCUGUCUCCCUGUCUGAGGCGGGAGGGCCGGGUUCAUCACGGUCCACCUCAACCCCAGGGCUCUGGAGACGUCAAAUAUCACCUGGGCAUGUACCAUGAGAGGAUCAACCGGGUCACGAACAGAAACAUCACUCUCUCCCUGGUGGCCAACCCCUCCCACCUGGAGGCCGUGGACCCUGUGGUGCAGGGGAAGACCAAGGCCGAGCAGUUCUACCGCGGGGACGCCCAGGGCAAGAAGGUCAUGUCCAUCCUGGUCCAUGGGGAUGCUGCCUUCGCCGGCCAGGGUGUGGUCUAUGAGACCUUCCACCUGAGUGACCUGCCCUCUUACACCACCAACGGCACCGUGCAUGUGGUUGUCAACAACCAGGUGAGGGUCUGGCUGCAUGCCCGGCCUCGUCAGCAUCCCAUCCCUGAAUCCAGGCAGCACUUUGAGGGGAAGAGUGAGACCAUUCUGGUUCUGAUCCCACUGCCGCGUGUCCCAGU